UUCCAAUCCAAAAUCAAUCGUCAACAAUGAUGAAGAGACAUCAGACAGCCAAGAGCAACACUACUAUUAAUACUACCGUUGGCAACUACAACAACAACAACAUGUCGGAAGAACCCUCCAUCAUGCCUGAGUCUACCAAGACAACAGUCUAUAUGCGGCAAUCGCUGAAUGAACUCCAUGCGACGCUUCUCUGUCCGUUAUGCCAUCAGCUGUUACAGAAUCCAUCCACCUUGUCGUGUGCCCAUACGUUCUGUUGGAAAUGCAUUGAAGCAUUCAGCUGUAAAAAUAAUAUAUGUCCUGUGAAAGAAUGCGGCCUUCCACUGGCAAUGACGGGCUCUCGACAAGGUUCCUUUCUGAAAAUCAAUCCAUCGCUGGAAACGGUACUCUCCAGUCUUCAGACUAUUUGUCAGGCACUCGACAAGGCACCCUCAAACUGGUGGGAACAUGGCAAGGAAGACGACGACUUGAUAGAAGAAGGAAACGAAGAAGAUGAUGAUAAUUCCAGCCGUAGUAGUUGUAGCAGUGGGGAAAUGAUCACUUUGGAUGUCAGCUCUCCUCCUGGAAACCUCAAAAAUGACGACGACUAUGACACCACAGAUGAUGAUGAUGAUGAUGAUCCCAACAAUCUGAUGAAACUAUUGGCUCGUUACAGUGAUGAUGAUGACGACGAUGAGGACGACUAGCUAGCCAGGCUUAGAAUUAGCCAUUCAAGAUUCAAGGUGGCUGAUCUAUCUGAGUCUGAUGUUGAGUUAAAGUUGAUUGGUUCAGAACGACGAGGAGGACUAGCCGCGGCCGCGGUAGCUAGGCUUGGUUCAAUCGAAUUGAAUUGAAUUGAAUUGAAUGAUCAAUCAUUCAGGGUGAUUUGGGUCUGACGUUGAGUUAAAGAUGAUUCAGAAUCGAAUCCAUAAGAGUAUUGCACUGAUUCAAUCAGUAUUCGAUUCUGGCCUUCUAUUUCCCAAGAGCUUGACCCGUGUGCUGACGCUUAUAUUAUUUAUUAUGCACCUUGUGAAAUGAUCCACAAUCCACUGUCAGCUAGCUAGCUAUCCCUUUGCAUUGAUCAGUAGUAUCUGGACACAAUACGCAUUACAUGUAGCAGCAUCAUUGUCAUCACACA